AGCAAGAAACUUGGCCCUCGCUCGUUAAUGUCGUCGCCGUCUUUAAAGCUUCUGAUAGCUGAUGGUGUCGUAUUUAGCGCGGAGCAGAGGACACCCGGACCUUGCCGUCCAUCGUUCAUCCUAUCCCACGCCGGGUUCAUCGACGGCACGGAUGUCGAGCAGCGGGAACAGUGA